UUCGAUACUGCAAGGGUACGGACUUGACAUUGAUUGUGUCCCCUGUUAAAUCAUUUUCUGAGACGGAAAACCCAAACACUAGAAUCUAGCAGAGAUUUACGUCUCUGCACAUAGCGAUUUACAUUGAUAUUGUCCACUGUGAGUUAUUCGGUGUAAAGCAAUCAUCCUUUACUGGUUAUGAGAUUGGUUAUAAGUGCCUCACCACAACUUUCACAAUGCUGUAUGUUUUUCACGUCGACACUGGUACUAUGAUGACAUUCGACAUGAACCUUGCAAUGGAAAGUGUGUCAGUUCUACAGAGUGUGAUUGCUCGAGGCUACCGUAUCCCAGAGGAGAAACAGGUGCUACUUAUCAGUGGAGGAGAAAGCCUGGAUCCAACUGCUAUGGUUGGGAAGUACCAUGCUGGAACAGACACCAAUCCUAUAUUUCUGUUCAGCAAAAGCACAAUUGAAAGUUCGGUUCCACCAUCCCCUAGUGUUAACUAUGGAUCAGAUGUUGACCUUGAAGGCCAAGUGGAAGGAUCUUUGAUAAUGCCACCAGCCUAUGAGACUGUGGUAUCCCGAGCACAGUUGGCUCUGCAAUUCCAAGAGGUGGACACAGAGGAGCUUCGUGCCUGUGAGAGACUCAUCCAUGAUCAGCAUCUCCAGCAACAAGGCUGGGCUGCUGUUGUAGCAAACUUAGAAGACAUUACAGGUGAACUGAAGCAAAGGACAGAGACAUUCCACGAGUCUUUCAAGCAGUAUCUUGAGUGCAGGAAUGCAUAUAGAGAACUGAUAACAAGUGUGAACCACUCUCUUGAUCUACUGUCCAGAAUACCAGUUCUCCCUUCUUUGGUGACAGCUACAGACAAUAUGGCUGCUGAACACAAUCCUGAUGAAGUCUCACAGUUGAUGUUGUUUGAUUGGAUAAGCUCGCAAGACUCAAAUCAUACUCUGCAAGACAUGGUUGAACAAUGCGAUAAAGCCACGGAACAGCUUGACAGUAGAGUUGAGGAGUGUUUGCAUGAAGAUGUGGCCAUGCUGAUGAGAGAGGUGGCAAAUGACAGCAUGAAGGAGGUGAAAGGCCUUGAGGAUCGUCUCUAUGGCCUCGAUCAGCUCAUAUACAGUGGACGAAAACUUGUACAAGAGCAAGCAGAUCUGGCAAAGGGAUUUGUUCAGAACCAAAACAGACUUAGUAAUGUUCGUGACCGUUCCAUUUUGCCAGACUUGUGUUCAAGUCACAGAAACCAGUUGGUAGAGAUGCUGAAAAAUCACACUAGAAUCAGAGAAAUCAAGAAAAAAUGCUGUCUGGCAAAGGAAGAACUCUCUGUAAAUUUACAUACAAGACUUCGGUGGGUGAUGUACAUUGAAAAGAAACUCUGUGAUGUUGAUGGCAAGCUGAGUAUCUACCUUGGUAACCUUCGACGCCUCAGAAAAAGACUUGAUAUCCUUCAACAAGUACAAGAUGCCCCAAAUGUGUAUGCUAAACUUGUUCUUGAAGUUGUGAGACGCAAACAGUUCUCUUCAAGGUUUCACAGUUGGGCAUGUAACCUUGCAGAUGAGUCAUGCCGACUACAUACAGAAGAAGUGAAAAGACGGGAAAUUUUCCUUAGAAUUAUUGGUCAUCAUUUUUUGCAGUCCAUGUUUCCAGGGCUUGAAGAUUUCCCACCAUCCUUUGCUACACAAGCACCUGAAGUGUUUGAUUUGAGUCUUCCAGAGAUCACUAUUGAAGAUGUCAAUGGGCUAAAACAUUCUGUACCUGAACUAUUAGAUAUUCUAAGUGAGCCUGUUGAGGGGGACUGGUUACUGUUUACCCACAUGAAGGAUUCAAGUGAAACUUGGUUAGAGGAAAGUACAGGACACAGUCUUCACAAUCUCCAUGUAAAACCUACCAACACAAGACAGUCACAAAGGUGUCUCAAUAUAGGGUCCGAUACAAAUGUGACAUUUGAGCCAUAUUCUGUUGACAACGGAAGCAUCUCACUAGGUGACCAGUUCACAGAGUGUGAACAGGAUGAAGACAUUACACAGAAACCAGAGUUUUUCUCGCUUUCUCCUCCAGACAAAGAUUUCAUGCUAGCAAAGUCCCUGUCUGAAGAACUUACAAAAGAGAUGAAGGAGACCAGCUCUCAUCUGAAACAAAAGCUGAAGGCUUCUGCUAGUGCUGAAGUUCCAUUUGUCAAAUGCCUGAUCACUGAAGACGCACAUAUGCCUGCACUGAAACGCAGAAAGCCUUCUGUGGGAAAGUCAGUUUGUGAAACAUCCCCAGACAUGGAUACAUCUCAGGAAUUUCAAACACUGGACUGUUACAUUGAUGAAUCUAUGCCUUCUUCUAUUGAUUCCCCACCAAAACCUAUCAGUGAAAGAAAAGCAAGUUUGGAGGAAAGCUUUUCAGACAUGAAGAAAAAUAAUUUAAAACUUCUGCAGCAAUUGAAUCUAUGCAACAAACAAAUAAGUGAUGGUGAACAAAAAAUAAAACUUUUACAAGAAAUUGUCUGUGAUAAUUUACCUGUCUUAAGAGCAUUAGUUGAUGAUUUAAAAAAUACACAGCAAAGCUGUGUUCAAAAUAUUUUAUCCGAUUUUGAUCAUAUAAAAAACAAACUUCCUGAGGUAAUAAAAGCAUAUGCUACCUAUGCAGAGGCAAAUAAUCUGUCAGUGAUAGAUCAUUUAAAAGCUAUUCAUGCAGAUAGUCUUAAAACUCUGAAUGAACUCAUAAAUAUUGAAAAGAAGCAUGUUAUAGAAUUAGAGGAAAAAGUUGAAGAAAAAGAGCAAGAAAAGAAACAAAUAGAAAAGGAUUUGAAAACAAAACUAGAUUUUAUUAAAAAAGAAAAUGAAGAUUUAGGAGAGUCUCUAGCCAGAGAGGUUCAGAAUUUGACUUUAAAUCAUGAAUUAGAAUUAGAAGUAGAAUUGGACAAGGUUAAAGCUGAGUAUGUGGCAAUAAUAGGUGGACUUGAACAAGACAUAGAAAGCAAAAAUAGUGUCAUUUGUGAUAAGGAACGUGUAAUUCAAAAUAUACUUACUGAAAAGGAUACACUUGAAGUGAUACUUAACAAUAAGUAUCUGAAAGAGAGAGAAAGAAUUGAAGCUGAAUUAAAGCAUUUCAAAGAAAAAGCAUCACAAAUGAAUGAGUUGGAGUCAGAAUUAAACAAUUUCAAGAAGGUCGCCUUUGAAAAAGAGAAUGAGUUACAUGUAGUCAACAUGAAGUUAAAAGUGAUAGUUGAUAAAAAAAUAAAAACAGUUGAUGUUCAGACAGAUAAUUCUGUAUGUAUUACCAAAGUAGUUGAAACACAAACUGAUCAGAUUGAUCUGGAUGGACUUAGGGGAGAGCUGGAGAGGGAAAGGGAGGAGGUAGAGCAACUCAAGACAAGCCUCACCACUCUCACUAGCUACCAUCAGGUUGAUCUGGAGGGUCUGAGGGGAGAGCUGGAGAGGGAGAGGGAGGAGGUAGAGCGAAUCAAGACCAGCCUGACUACACUCACCUCUGAGCAUCAGGUAGAGUUGGAGAGACUGAGAGGAGAGCUGAAGAGGGAGAGGGAGGAGGUAGAGCCACUCAAGACCAACCUCACCACUCUCAUCAGCGAGCAUCAGGUAGAGCUGAAUGGACUGAGAGAAGAGCUGAAAAGGGAGAGAGAGGAAGUAGAGCGACUCAAGACCAAUCUUACCACUCUCAUCAACAAGCAUCAGGAAGAGCUGGAUGGACUGAGAGGAGAGCUGAAAAGGGAGAGAGAGGAAAUAGAGCCACUCAAGACCAACCUCACCACUCUCAUCAGCGAGCAUCAGGUAGAGCUGGAUGGACUGAGAGAAGAGCUGAAAAGGGAGAGAGAUGAAGUAGAGCGACUCAAGACCAGACACACCGCCCUCACUGGCAACCAUCAAACUGAGCUUGAUGGACUGAGUGAAGAGCUGGACAGGAAGAAAGAGGAGGUAGAGCGACUCAAGACAAGCCUAACCACUCUUACCAGUGAACAUAAUGUUGAGCUGGAGGGACUAAGUGGAGAUCUUGAAAGGGAGAGGGAGGAGGUAGAACGACUCAAGACCAGCCUGACUUCUCUCACUGGUGAAAAGCAGACCAAAUUCAAUGAAGCAUUGAGUCGAGUGUGUAGAGAGAAGGAUAAAGUCAUAGAGGAAAUGAGACUGAAUGAGCAUAAUCUUGUGGAAAAGAUCAACCAAACUAAAGAAGAUAUGCAGACACUUCUUGAAGAAAAAUGUAAGGCUGAGGAUGUGAAGGAAAGGGCUUUGUCACUUCUGAAAGAAAAGGAGCGCGAGUUUGGGUCCCGGCAAUGGCAGCUGGAAAACCAGCUACAUCUCUGCCAGCAAGAGCUGCAUUCAUUUAAGGAGCAAGUUUUCAGCAUGGCUGGACACUCAGACAAUACAUUGAGCUCACCAUCAGUUGUCAAUAUAAGUGACCCGGAACUGCCAAAUUUACAACAGAGAAUUCAGGAUUUGGAGCAGGAUGUCAAGUAUAAAGAAGAAGAAAUAAGUAAAAUGCAGCAAAAAGUGAUGGAGCUAUCAAUGAGUGUCAGUACUCGAUCAUUGGUUCAAGAAAAAGUCUCAAUUACCAGUUGUCAAGUGGGUGACCUGGUGCUGCUGUGUUUGGAUGAGAGGCUCAACCAGUAUGUGGUGUUCACAGUCGGCUCAACACUGCACUUCCUGCAUACAGAGUGCCUCACACACCUUGGACUCAAACCAGAACCUGGACAACCUAAAAAGCAAUGGCUGAUUGCAGAAGUAAUGGAAAAGGAAUACUGCCAAGCAAAGAAGGCUACCAACCGAUUCAAUGUUCCUGUGGGCACAAAGUUCUACAGAGUGAAGGCCAGACAGUGGAGCAGAGAGUCCAGUCAGUCUGCAUCGUACAAGAAGUCAGAGUCAGCCACUCAGUAGACCUCCACAACACUUAACAUUCUUUUUAGCUCAUCUAUUUUUGGAAAAAAAAAGAGCUAUUGUCAUCACCUUGGCGUCGGCGUCAGGUUAAGUUUUGUGUUUAGGUCCACUUUUCUCAUAAAGUAUCAAAACUAUUGCAAUCAAACGUGGUACACUUACUAACUAUCAUAACGGGACUGGGCAGGCAAAGUAAGAUAACUCUGGCGUGCAUUUUGACAGAAUUAUGUGCCUUUUUUAUACUAAGAAAAUUUAAAAUUUGGUAAGUUUUGUGUUUAGGUCCAAUUUAUUCCUAAAGUAUCAAACCUAUUGCUUUCAUACUUGCGACAUUUACUAACUAUCAUAAGGGGACUGCGCAGGCAAAGUUAUGUAGCUCUGACUGGCAUUCUGACAGAAUUAUGGCCCCUUUAUACUUAGAAAAUUGAAAAUUUUGUUAAGUUUUGUGUUUUGGUCCGUUUUACUCAUAAAGCAUCAUAGCUAUUGCUUUCAGACUUGGAACACUUGCAAACUAUCAUAAGGGUACUGUACAGGACAAGUUGCAUAACUCUGGUUGUCAUUUUGACGGAAUUAUGGCCCUUAUUUGACUUAGUAACUUUUAUUAUAUGGUUAAAGUUUGUGUUUACAUCCACUUUACUUCUAAAGUAUCAAGGCUAUUGCUUUCAAACUUCAAAUACUUUCAUACUAUCAUGAGGGUGCUGUACUUGGCAAGUUGAAUUUUACCUUGACCUUUGAAUGAGCUUGACUCUCAAGGUCAAAUAAUUAAAUUUUGCUAAAAUUGCCAUGACUUCGUUAUUUAUGAUCAGAUUUGAUUGAUACUUUGACAAAACAACUCUUACCUGACAUAAAAUGACCACACCCUCACACUUUACCCCCCCCCCCCUCAA